AUGAUGUUUGAACCUCCUUUAACGAUUUCAUCACCGUCGGAAGCUCAAAUCGUGAUUGGCGCCUUCUUUUCCUUACACAAUCCUCCAACAUCACAUGGAGGUGGUCGAUUACGAGAAUGUGGUGACAUUCGUGAAGACUAUGGUAUUCAUCGAGUAGAAGGCACAUUCUGGAUUCUUGAUCAAAUCAAUGCAAAUCAGUCCAUAUUACCAAAUAUUACUGUAGGUUAUCAAAUUCGUGAUUCAUGUUGGUAUGCACCUGUUGCUCUUGAACAAACUAUUGAAUUUAUUGGUAAAUCAGUAUUAAAUGUUGGAGAUUUAAUUGCAACUUCUAAUGGAAAUCGAGCUCAAUUAGCUGCUAUUAUUGGUCCUGGUGAUAGUUCAAUUACCAUGCAAACACAUAAUAUAUUACAAUUAUUUGAAAUGCCACAAAUUGGUUAUUCAGCUACAGCUAAACAAUUAAGUGAUAAAGAAAAAUAUAAAUAUUUUACACGUGUUAUUGCAUCAGAUACUCAACAAGCACAAGCAAUUGUUGAUAUUAUAAGACAAUUUCAAUGGAGUUAUGUUGCUACUAUUGGUACUGAAGGUGAUUAUGGUCGUGGUGGUGUUGAAGCUAUUCGUCGUUUACUUAAUAAAGAUGCAUGUAUUGGUGCAGAUUUAACUAUGCCCAUUGGUGCAAAUAUAACAGUUGCUAGUCAAUUAAUCAAACAACUUGUAAUUCGGGCACCUCGUGCACAAGUUCUUAUAUGUUUUUGUCUUGAUCAUUCGAUUCGAGCUAUUUUACAAGCAAUAAAUGAAUUAAAUUAUACACAACGAUUUAUUAUUCUUGCUAGUGAUGCUUGGGCAGAUCGUCUUAAUGUAAUACCAAACAAUACUGAAACUGUAGCAUUAGGUGCAAUUACGAUUAAAGCACGUUCAUUACGUGUACCCGGUUUUGAACAAUAUUUUCGUAAUUUACAUGUAUAUAAUAAUACACGAAAUGUUUGGUUUCAUGAAUAUUGGCAACAAAAGUUUGCUUGUACAUUAAAUGGUUAUGCUAAUAAUUCUACUCGUCGACCAAAUAAAUAUCCUCGAUUAUGUACACCUGAACGUGAAAGUCUUAAGAGAGUACCUUAUAAUGAAGAUCCAAAACUUGCAUUUGUUAUUAAUUCCAUAUUAGCUGUUGUACAUGGUCUAGAUAAAAUGCAUAAACAAGUUUGUAAUGGAACAAGUGGUUUAUGUCCAGAUAUGGCUCGUAUGAAUUCAUCAUUAUUAAUGCAAUUUUUAAAAAGUAGUCGAUUUACGGGAAUUACUGGCGAAGAAGUAUUUUUUGAUGAAAAUGGUGAUGGUCCUGGAAGAUAUGAUAUAUUAAAUUUACAAGGUAUUGCAGAUGAUUUCGAACAUCAUCUUCAUUAUGUUCAAGUUGGAACAUGGAGUACAGGAAAAUUAACUUUAAAUACAUCAGCAAUGCGAUUUUUUUCUGAUCAACGUCCAUUAGAACAACUGAAUGUUCGUCGUUUCUGUAGUGAAUCUUGUCAAAGGGGUCAUGUUAAGAAAUAUACAGAUGACGAAAAAUGUUGUUGGAAAUGUCAUUCAUGUGGUGAUGCUAUUGUACUGGAUGAAACGACAUGUUUUACUUGUCCACCUGGAUUUUGGCCAAAUGAGGAUCAGACAGCUUGUGGUCUUUUACCAAUAACAACAAUCAAUUUUCGUCAUCCAUUAUCAAUUAUAAUAUGUUUCGUAGCUGCUGUUGGUAUACUUAUAAGUUUUUUUGUUGUUUAUAUAUUUGUACGUUUUAAUGCAACACCAGUUGUUAAAUCAACGACACGAGAAUUAAGUUAUUUAAUAUUAAUGGGUAUUUUAUUUUGUCAUUUAACUGCAUUUGUUGUUUUACAAAAACCAUCAUUUAUUAUAUGUGUUUUAACACGUUUAUUACCUGGUAUAUCAUUUUCAAUGAUAUAUGGUUCAUUAGUAACAAAAACAAAUCGUAUAGCACGUAUAUUAGCACGUAGUAAAAAGAAAAUAAUAACCAGACGAUUAAAAUUUAUGAGUGCAAGACAUCAACUUGCCAUAGCUUGUUUUAUACUUGUGACUGAAGUAACUAUUGUUGCUGUUACUGUUUAUCGAGAUCCACCAAAAGCUGUUCUAAUUGAAACAGGAGGACGUUUAUUACUUACAUGUAAAAAAUCACUUCAAGGUAUUGUAGCUCCACUUGGUUUUGAUGGUCUUCUCGUUUUUUUAUGUACACUUUAUGCUAUUAAAACAAGAAAUUUGCCAGAAAAUUUUAAUGAAGCGAAAUUUAUUGGUUUUUCAAUGUAUACAACAUGUGUUAUAUGGUUAGCAUUCGCUGCUGUUUAUUUUGCUAUUGAUGUUAAAGUUUUUUCAUUAUGUGUUGCAACCAAUGCCAGUGCUUAUGUUGUACUAAUAUUUCUCUUUUUUCCAAAACUUUAUUUAAUUAUAUUUAAACCAGAAAAAAAUCAACGAAGUGCAUUUGCAACAAAUAAAGAUAUUCGUUGUCAUUUUGGUUCAUCAACAACAUCGAAAAGUGACAUGUCAUCUUAUCGUUAUAGUGAAGGUUCAUCAUUAUUUCGUAAAUCAGUUUUACAUCGUAUUCGUUUUGGUAAUACAUUACGAUUAAAAGCAGAUUUUCCUAAUUCAGCUGCAUCAUCAUUACGUACAAAUGAUUUUCCUGGUAGUGAUCGUCGUCCAUCACGUUCUCUAUCAGCUUAUCCAGAUCAAUGGCUACAUCAUCAUCAUCAUCGUCGUCUAUCAAAUACACCUCAAUUACCAAUAGCAACAGCUAGCGCAGAUGAUUUAUCUUAUCAUACAAGUAUCCUAACUCAGAAAACAUUAGAUAAUAUACCAGCAGCACUAGUGAUAGAUUCACCUAAUGUUCCUCAACCGCCAAUACCACCGGCAUCAGUUUUAUCACCAUCUUCUCUAGCAACUUCAGCUAUUAUCACUGAGGUAGAAAAUCAUGAAAAAUCAUCAAUCAUUCCAGAACAACAGCCACAACAACAACAAUCGUCAAUAACACAUUUACCCGAUUGUAUUUAUGCAACAAACCAAUCGAACACAGUGAAUUCUAUCGGACCUCAUGAUUGUAUUCGACAACGUGGUAAAAGUAGACGUGGAAAGACUCGUUCAGAUUCAAAUAAUGAUUUAACAUUUUCAAUGAAAACAACUGAUAUUGAAAGUGAAUCAUCAAGUGCAUGGACAAAUGAAGGUAUAGGAACACAUCCUAUACCACCAACAAUAACAAAUCCUGAAUCUGUUUGUGCAUGUCAAUUACUAUGGCAAUUAGAAAGAGAAACAGAUAGUAUUGAUAAGUUUAAAUUAUUUUUUAAACGAGAUCAUUUAAAUGUCGAUUGGGAUUAUGUACAAGGUUCGAGUGAAGUUUAA